UCGACUCUCACUGCACAAUUUUUCUCGCUCUCCCUACACAAAAAAGUGUGAAAAGUGGUGCAAAUUUUUUUUAAAACUGCACGGUGCAAAUGCAGUGAAUAAUUCCGAGUUGGUAAUUAAUUUUUCGCUGCACAAUGGACGUGGUGGAGGAAAAUUUCGUGGCCAAGAUCGCGGACGAGCGUAACGCGUCGUGGCGCAACGCGUCGCUGGGCGAGGCGUACGACGACGACGCGUCGCCCACCCUUCCACCUGAGUUGCGCUUCAACACGGGCGCCCUGGUGGCCAUCAUCGUGUACAGCAGUCUGUUCGUGGUGGCCGCGGUGGGCAACGUGACCGUGUUCGUGACCCUGUACCGCAACCGGCACCGCAAGUCGCGCAUCAACCUGAUGAUCAUGCACCUGGCCAUCGCCGACAUGGUGGUCACCUUCGUCAUGAUCCCUCUGGAGGUCGGCUGGCGCGCCACCACCCAGUGGCUGGCCGGCAACGCCGCCUGCAAGGUGCUGCUCUUCCUCAGGGCGUUCGGCCUCUACCUCAGCUCCAUGGUGCUUGUGUGCGUCAGUCUGGACCGCUACUUCGCCAUCCUCUACCCCCUCAGGGUCAACGACGCCCGCCGCAGGGGCAAAAUCAUGCUCAUCCUCGCGUGGGUCGUCUCCAUCAUCUGCUCAUUGCCGCAGAGCGUCGUGUUUCACGUCUCGCAGCACCCUGUCUACAAAGACUUCUGGCAGUGCGUGACUUUUGGCUUCUUCCCUUCGCAAACACAAGAGACCGCCUACAACCUAUUCUGCGUGCUGGUCAUGUACUUCAUACCCUUGAUAGUGAUUUGCUUCGCGUACUCUCGCAUCCUGUGGGAGAUUUGCAAGAAAUCCAGAGAGAACAAAGAGGACAACACACGCGGAGGGCGGUACCAGGGCCGCAUGACUCUUCGGCGCAGCGACAUGAGCAACAUCGAGCGGGCUCGCUCGCGCACCCUGCGCAUGACUCUGAUCAUCGUGCUGGUGUUCAUCUGGUGCUGGACCCCUUACGUCGUCAUGACACUCUGGUACAUGUUUGACCGCGAAAGUGCGACACACGUGGCAGGCUGGAUCCAAGACUCGCUUUUUAUGAUGGCCGUGUCGAAUUCUUGCAUGAACCCUUUCGUGUACGGCGCCUACGCGAUGAACUUUCAACAAGAAUUUGUGCGGUGCAUCAGCUGCGUCUGCUGCCGUAGGUCGAAAAAAGACCGCAACAUUGUAGGUGUUCCCAAAGUUAGUGAGCAAACCAAGCAGAGACCUGACACCAUCAUAAUUCAAGUCCAUAAAUGUCUCCUAUCGAUUUUUAAAGCCAAUUCAAAUACAGCAGCCACGAGAAGCACUGGAGUGCCGCCCGGCGCGCUCAAACCCGGACCCUCGCCAGUGUACCGGCCGGGCCUCGCAGGCACGUCCGCCCUCCGCAAAGGCGCCAAGAUGCUCAGCGUGCCCGAAGAGACGCCAGAGUUCCUCUCAUACCAGCUUUCAGGCAAUUCCAAAGCGAGCGUGGACAGCAUUGCAGAGUACUCGUACAACUCUGUGGCUUUCUACAGCGAGCCUCUUCAGGUGCACGACCGCGACGAAGAGGAGCGCUGGCGGCACCAGCAACGUGGCGGCACCGCGGCCAGCACUCGCGUCAAAGCGUCGCCCAGCAUCGACCGACUAGAGGGACUGCGCAGGUGGCAGGGAACGAGCGAAGUGCACCGCGAGCCGCGUCCCUGAGAUUUUGUUUCCUCGCCGAACCCGUCAGGUCAGCUGGGCUGCGCACCGUGCAGUUCCAGCUCUUGUGUUGGUGGCGAGGAGGAAUUGCUGCAAAUUUCGACGUCGGGAAAACGCGGCGAACCGGUCUGGUUACACUUGCCGCAACUCAGUCCCAACGGAAUCGCGCAGACCCAGUGUUAAAUAAUCUGCGGCGGUGACUUUGACUGCCAACGCGCACAACUUCCGUUUUUAUUUCAAUUGGACAAUAAAAUUGCGUGUUUACGAAUCUUGAAGAGACAAAUAGUAAAAAGCUUCAAGACAAUAACUUUAUAAAUAGAGAGCUUUACAUGACAUGCAAAAAAAUAUGCCAACAAAAAGGCAAUAAAAUGAAUAAUAUAUUUUACUAAUUAUUGCUGACAGUGUUUCAUGUCUGGACAGAUUUUCUGUUAAUUUCAAAACUUUUUCUCCAGAUUUUCACUCAAUCAAUUGCCAAAUGUUUCCAGUGUGAAAUUCUUGCGGUGUUAUUUGACGUGAUGUUUCAAUAUUAUAUAUGUGUAAAAAUUUUAAAAUUCAUGUUUUUUUCCUUUGGUAAGUUACUUUUGAAAAAAUCAAACAUCUAAAGAAUAUCUCUAAUUUCGAAAAUGCUCACGCUAAUUUAGCUGUAAUUUAAAAGCUCAAUGAUUAGGCUACCGCGACAAUGCCAUUUUGGCAGUAUUUUAUUCAAAAAUUCUCAAAUGGUUAAAUGUUGAUCGCUGUUUUAUGCAAACCAUUCUGCUGUCUCAAAGUGUAACAUGAGGGUGGAUCUAUU